AUGGACUAAUAAAAAAGUGAAUUAUAUGAUACUGCCCUAUUUAGGAAAUUUCAAGAAUGCUUAGAAAGCUAAAAUGAACUUGAAAUAUAUCAAAAUACUCAUACUGAUAAAUUUUAUAAAGCAAUGCCUUGCACUAUAAAACUUAGAAAAAUAAAAAACAAUCCUAUAAUUAUGGCAUAAAUGCUUGUAAAAAAUAGUCAAAUUGAAUUAGUCCAAAAAAAUAGUUUAUAAGGAAUAAAAUUAGUCAAUAGAAAUGAAUUAUUAGGAAAGUAAUAGAAGUAGAGGAUGUACAAGAUUUUCAUCUCCUAGUAGAAAUGAUGAACGAUAACAAUAAAUAAGAUCUUUAAUUAUUUCAAGAAGAGAAAAUUAAAGAUGUCCUAGCAUUAAAUAAGAUGUAUUAAAAAAAGCAAAUGCAUAAUUGAAUCACAAUAUUUUUGAUUUACCAAAAAAAAUAAGAACUCCUAAAUAUUCUAGAGCAGAACUCUAUUUUAGUUAUCAUUUAAGAGAUAGCCUUAGAACACCAAGAAAUGGAAUUACAAUUCCUUAAUAUUUAGCUAAUAAAAUUAAAAAUAUAAAAUGA